CUAUCAGUAUUAUUAGUAUGUUGCAGUUUUCUCUUCGAGUUCGACAGUUCGACUACGGUACCACAGAUGCGUUUGGAUUUUAAUUAAGUUGCUUGCGACGGAAUCAAUACUUAAAACGCAAAACAAAUCUUUGAAGAUAAAUUUCGUUGAACCAUGUCGAAAAACUUGGUACAAUGCCAACAACACCCCGACGCUCCAUUGAUUGAAGAUUACAGGGCCGGCGAUCAGAUUUGUUCUGAAUGUGGACUCGUGGUAGGGGAUCGCGUUAUAGACGUAGGUUCCGAAUGGCGAACAUUUAGCAAUGACAAAAACAGCAACGCCGCCGAUCCUUCACGUGUGGGAGCCGCAGAAAAUCCAUUGCUCAACGGAUCGGACUUAUCAACAUUAGUCGGCCCGUCUAGAGGAGACGCUUCAUUCGACGAGUUCGGCGGAAUGAAGUACAAGAACAAAGGGAUGGUGUGCUCAAGUAAUCGUUCUUUGUCGAAUGCCUAUAGAGAAAUCGGUUUGAUGGCAGACCGUAUAAACUUACCUCGUAACAUUGUAGAUAGAGCCAAUGUUUUAUUUAAACAAGUACACGAUGGUAAAAACUUGAAAGGUCGCUCAAACGACGCAAUAGCUUCUGCGAGUUUAUACAUAGCGUGUCGACAGGAAGGUGUUCCGCGUACAUUUAAAGAAAUUUGUGCCGUUAGCAAAGUGAGCAAGAAAGAAAUUGGACGUGUGUUCAAAUUAAUUUUAAAAGCAUUGGAAACAAGUGUGGAUUUGAUAACAACGGGCGACUUCAUGUCCAGAUUUUGUUGCAAUUUGAGUCUGCCAAACAUGGUACAAAGAGCAGCUACACACAUUGCCAAGAAGGCUGUUGAACACGACAUUGUUCCUGGUCGUUCACCAAUUUCGGUAGCGGCAGCUGCUAUAUUUAUGGCGUCUCAGGCGUCAGACGAAAAACGUUCGCAAAAAGAAAUUGGUGAUAUUGCAGGGGUAGCAGAAGUGACAAUCAAACAGUCGUAUAAGUUGAUAUUAGCCAAUGCCGCUUUAUUAUUUCCAGAAGACUUUAAAUUUGUUACUCCAAUCUCAGAACUCCCGACAUCCUAAUGACAUAUAUUACAAAAAAGUGUAUUUUUUUAAAAAUUUUACUACAAAUUAGUUAAUGAAGUAUUUAUAAUAAGUUCAAUAUAUGUAUACCUUACAAUUAAUAAAAUUUAAGGUUUGGAAUUCAAAGAGAAA